UUCUCACCCUCCUCUCCCUCACAAGCUAACAAAUAAGAUUAGCCCUUCAAGCAAUAUUAUGGGAAAAUCUCCUUGUUGUGAGAAAAAUGGACUAAAGAAAGGUCCAUGGACAGAAGAGGAAGAUAAAAAAUUGAUUAGCUACAUUCAGAAACAUGGGCAUGGAAGAUGGCGACUCCUACCAAAAAAUGCAGGACUCAAAAGAUGUGGAAAGAGUUGUCGUCUUCGAUGGACUAAUUACUUGAGGCCCGACAUCAAGAGAGGAAAGCUCUCGUUUGAAGAAGAGGAGACAAUAAUUCAGUUGCAUAGUGUUUUGGGAAAUAAGUGGUCUGCAAUUGCUACUCGCUUGCCUGGACGAACUGAUAACGAAAUCAAGAAUUAUUGGAACACCCACAUAAGGAAACGGCUACUGAGGAUGGGAAUCGAUCCUGUGACUCAUAGGCCACACCUUGAUCUUUUUCAACUCUACUCGGUUCUCAACUCGACUAUCGACAACUCAUCUCGGCUUAAUAUUUCAAGUUCGCUUGGCAAUGGACCCAUUUUGAACCCAGAUCUCUUGAAUCUAGCCACUCCUUACUUGUCAUGCCAAGGCAACUAUAUUAGCCAAGACGUCAAUCCAAGACUUGUUCAAGAUAGCCAAGUUGGAAACAACCAUGUUCAAAACCAAUUUCAAUGCUUCCAACCAAACGAGCUCCAAAACCAAAUAAAUACACCAAGUGCUCAAUUUCUAUAUGAAACCCAGAUUAGCGCAGCCAAUUCGGAACAACUUUCUCGUAACCCCACCAACUUUAGUUGUCAAAAUUCUCUACGAAGUUCGUGGCACGCCAACGGAGAGACUACUCCCGAUAUUUGUGGAAGUCUCAUGUCAAACUACGUGUAUCAUGAUUCUAAUAAUAAACCCAUCACCAACGAUAUUUCCUUUGAGACACUACAAAGUUUGAGUUUCGGCUCGUUUCUGUCCACACCUUCAUCUAGUACAACUCCCUUGCGUUCUUCAUCAACGACUUAUGUCAAUGUCAGCACUGAAGAUGAGAAGGAUAGUUACUGCAGCAAUAUGUUGGUGUUCGACAUGCCCAAUAGCUUGGAUGCCAGUAGGCUCAUUUAGACAAAGGAUGGAAUUACAUGUUGAUUGAUGUUCUAUCUUUCCAGAACUAGAUUCCCUUUUCUGAUGCUUGGAUUUCUUAUUGUAUUUGGAUAUGUUUAUUGUUAUUAAACAUGUAUAUUUCUCAG